AUGUUGGAUGAGGAUGCAGAUGGACUUCCCCUAGGAUCUGACGAUCUGAAAUGGGGACCGAUCCUUCGCUUCAUCCGCUCGCCCUUCCUUCAUAGCGCCCUGGGCCAUGCCCACUCCGUCAGCUGCGUAGGUUUUGAAGCAGCGGCAGCAGAAGCUGCAGCAUACGGACCUCAGCUUUGCGUCAUCCUCUCGCUCGCAGAUGCACCAGGUCAUGCCUAUUGGUGGCAAAAUAUCGUCUACACCAUGGCGUCCAUGGCAUUCGUAGCCGCAGUGGUUGCCAGUGCCCGGUCUCCCUCCAAAGCAGCAAAUGUGCCGCUGCCGCCGGAGAAGGCAGAGACUCUCGUAUGCCUAGCGCUGGAUGCGAUGACUGCGCUUUGCAUUGUGUUGUCUUACCCGCAUCUCAACACGUGGCUUUUACGAAUUGCCGUAGUGGCCGUCAUCGGUUGCGCUGUGGCUGCGCAGCACAGCCCCGUCCGGGAAAUUUAUCUAGAUUGGCUUGAGCCAAUCUUCGUCAUUCGCAGUGACUCUCAUAAACGGCUUCACAAUGGGCAGCGGCAGCUGUUGCGGCAAGUUGCCUGGGGUGCAGCUUGGACGCCUGAUCCCUCCAACAUGCUGCUAGGAACACACCCCAAGCAUAAAUCAUAUCUGAGAUGGACGCUAUAUCUCACUAGAAUCGAGGACAUUAUUACCCACCAAGGGUAA